CGGGCGGCAAGGCUGCCUCCUCCUCCUCCUCCUCGCGUUGCAAACGCGCUCCAGGACCGCGGAGCCUUUGCAGACGCGUCACUUUUGCAGAAACCAAACACCCAGCAGUUCCUUGGUCGAAACCGUGGGAGGAGACAUUUGGCCCCGUGUAUUUUUCUGGAUGGUGGUGACUCUUGAGCCCAACAGUGGUGGGACUUCACCAGGGAGCCGUUUUGGACCAGAACCAAAGAGCCCUGCGCUGGGGUUGUUGUCAUGCAGAACAACUUUGCAACGAUGGCCUUGCUGGGGUUGCCUGCUGACGAGCCAGAGCUGAUCUGCAAGAUUGAGUCUGAGGAAGAGCAGUGGAUCCCAAGCGAGCAAGUCGCGAGAGGGAGGCGGAUCCUGCCUGGAAGCAAAUUAGCCACCGAAACGCCCGAGCCAGCCAUCGCCCCCUACAGGCAGUAUCGCGGCACCACAUGGACCUACCCCGAGAUCAUAGACCUGCUGGUCAUUUGGCGCGAGCGGGAGAUCCAGCAGGAGCUGCAGCGGAGCCACCGGAACAUCGAGACUUUCCAAGUGGUGGCCGGCAAGAUGGCACAGAGAGGCCACAAGCGCUCUGCCCUGGAGUGCCGCUCCAAAAUCAAGACUCUGAAGAGGGACUACCGGAUAGCCAAGGCCAACAACUCCCCGGGGAAAGGACAUUUGGCCUGGCUCUUCUACGACCAGCUCGAUCACCUAUUGGCCAACGAGGCGGACGUCCCGCCCCCGGAGGUGCUGCCCGUCUUGAGCCGCCGCGGGGCGUCUGUCGCCGACUCGAUGUCUCAGUGCUCCACCGAGGAGGAAGCUGCGGCAGAGGGGGCUAGAGCGGGCAGCCAGGAGACGUUGGCUCUAAGGACGCGGUUGCCCCCCCAGGUCCCCAGCCUGGGGGGCGGCUUCCCUGUACCGUACAUAAAGGAGGAAGCCCCCGACGAAAUGCCUGUGAUGUCUCCCACGGGAACAGCAGAAGGCAGCAGUCCAGCUCCACCUCUGCUGUCUACUCCCUGCGAUAAACCGGGCAGCUCUGCCUCAACAGUAGACGGGGCCAUAACCCCCUCCCCAAGUCCCUUGCCUGACCCCGCCAGGUCGUACGCCGCAGAGCGCCUCGCCAACAUCCGGAAGCGGAAGAGGAAAAACAGGCAGGAUCUGGCGCUGGAAAUCACCCACGCGGCCGACAGAAGGGUGCAGGCGGCCACCGACCGGAUCCUGGCGGCCCUGGGCGAGUACACGAAGGCCGAUCUGGAGGAGCGGGAGCGGGACCGCGUGGACACUGAGCAGAUCAUUGCGCUCAUGAACCGCCAGACGGAACUGCUAGAGUCACUUGUGCGGAAGCAGGCAGAGGCACAGGCUCCCCCGGCCCCGGCCUUAACCCGGCAGGCCCGUUUACCCCGGCAUGGGCAGCCCGGUCACGCGGCAGACGCUUCUCCCUUGCGCUUGGGGUCCACCAGGCGGUCCAUGGCGAGGGCGAGGUACCGGAGGUGACUCCCGAGACGGCUGUGGCGGCGGUGUGGCUGUGGCGACGCUCUUUGGCUGUAGUUCCGCUAGCGUGCGGGACAUCCGGGCUGCGUUUGUAACGGGUUGUAGUUUUCUUUUUCAGGAAUUCAAAAAACCUUUUUGCAAUUAA